CCACCAAGAUCGCUGAUGCUCGUAUUUGGCGCUGUUUGGCACAGGUGGGGGGGGGUGGCUGAUGCUCGUAUUUGGCGCUGUUCGGCACAGGUGGGGGGUGGCUGGUACGCUCGUAUUUGGCGCUGUUUGGCACAGGUGGGGGGUGGCUGGUACUUGUGGUGCAGUAACGGGUGUUUGUCUCCACAGCCUAAAGGAAAGAAGGCCAAGGGGAAGAAGGUGGCUCCGGCCCCUUCUGUGGUCAAGAAAGCUGAAGUCAAGAAGGUGGUGAACCCUCUGUUUGAGAAGAGGCCAAAGAACUAUGGCAUUGGUCAGGACAUUCAACCCAAGAGGGAUCUCACCCGCUUUGUGAAAUGGCCACGAUACAUCCGACUCCAGCGCCAGCGCUCCAUCCUAUACAAACGCCUGAAGGUUCCUCCUGCAAUCCACCAGUUCACCCAGGCCCUGGACCGGCAGACAGCCACUCAGCUCUUCAAACUGGCCCAUAAAUACCGACCGGAGACCAAGCAAGAGAAGAAGAAAAGGCUCCUGGCCCGGGCUGAGCAGAAAGCUGCCGGUAAAGCAGAUGUCCCCACCAAGAGACCCCCGGUGAUAAGAGCAGGUGUUAACACAGUGACUACUCUGGUGGAGAACAAGAAGGCCCAGCUGGUCGUCAUUGCACAUGAUGUGGAUCCUAUUGAGCUGGUUGUCUUCCUGCCGGCCCUGUGUCGGAAGAUGGGAGUGCCGUACUGCAUUGUGAAGGGUAAGGCCAGACUGGGCCGCCUUGUCCACAGGAAGACCUGCACCAGCAUCGCCUUCACACAAGUCAACGCGGAGGAUAAAGGAUCACUCUCCAAACUGGUGGAAGCCAUCAAGACCAACUACAAUGACAGACACGAUGAGAUCCGUCGUCACUGGGGAGGAGGAAUCCUGGGUCCUAAGUCUGUGGCCAGAAUCGCCAAACUGGAAAAAGCAAAGGCCAAGGAACUGGCGACAAAGCUCGGUUAAUUGUACUGAGCGUCUCCAUCUGUUCUGUACAUAAUAAAGAGAACUCCAGAAAA